UGAGAGUGAGGAGAGAGAGAGGUAGCCUGAAGUGUGUGUGGAGCUCCACCACAGUAGCUGUGUUAAACAUCUCUACUGGGCAGGAUAUGUGAAUUCCAUCAGGAUAACAGAGGGAUUCCGGACAGUAUGGACAGAACGGCUUGAGUUCCAGGAAGAAGGCCUAAGAGCAAGAAAAGAGCAGAUCUACAGCACAGAAAGAGAAAGGAGAUCUGCAGACUAAUGGAUUUACAUACUAGAACACCCUUCAUCCUCACCCUCCUCCUCCUCACUCUGAGUGAACGCACUGUGGGACAGAACAGUAGUAACUCCACACUGCCCCCAGGCUGCGGUGGUGACCUGAACCCUGAAUUCUAUUUCCUGUGUGAUUUACGGUCGGCAUGGGGCAUAGUAGUGCAGGUGCUGACUGCGCUGGGCUUCCUGAUCAGUUUGGGUCUGCUGCUGGCAGUGCUGGUCCGGUGGAUGUGUGUGUGCGGGCCUUGUGGGAGGAGGGGGGUGCGGGGAGCAGCGUGUGCAUCCACGGCCCUGUUCCUGCUGGCGGUGGCGGGAAUCUUCGCGCUGCCAUACUCGUUUGUGGUGGGGCUGACAGAGCAGACAUGCCCAGUGCGGGUCUUCUUGUUUGGGGUGCUGUUCGGCCUGGCAUUUGCAUGCCUUCUGGCACGGGUGCUGGCAGUGCGGGGCUGCCGGGGGCGCAGGGGCUGGACUGAGCCGGGGCUGGCACUGGCCUUGGCGCUGGUGCAAGUGGUGAUAGCUGUGGAAUGGCUGUUGGUGGUGAUGGUGCGAGACAGAGGCCCGUGCUCGUACUCUCAGGAGGAGUUUAUCAUGCUGCUGAUCUAUGUGAUGGUCCUAUUGGCUGUGGCCACAAUGCUUUCACUACGCUUCCUGUGCAACAGCGCCUCCUACAGCUCCAGCGACUCGCAGUGGCCGCAGUACCAUGGAAGACUGCAGGGGGCACUGCUGAGCCUCACACUGCUGCUCAGUGUCGCCAUCUGGGUGGUGUGGAUCGCCCUGCUGACCCGUGGCAACCGAGAGUUGGGCCACCGUCCGAGCUGGGAUGACCCUGUAAUUAGCAUAGCGCUAACUGCAAACGGCUGGGUCCUGCUGCUGGGGCAUGGUUUUAAUCAGGUCCGCUUCAUGCUCUGCAGUCGGCAAUCCGCCAAAAAUCAAACGGCAGACUUCUCUGGCUGGAUCAGCCCAAUGGAUGGGCUGCCCAACUUACAUGCCCCCAAAAAUGGGGCCGACAAUCCAGGAUACCACCCUGAUUCCAAAGACAGGGGAGGAAAAGGGAAGGGGGUGGAGCCUGUCCUGAGAUCCCCCUAUGAGUCCAGCUUCUCUAUGAGUGAAAUUGAUCCAAAUAAGGAUUAUACUAUCCCUCGUCCUCAGACCACCAACAUCACCCAGCCUUAUGAUGAUUACUACCAGAGAUUGCCUUAAAACACACACACACACACACACACACACACACACACUUUUCACACUCUGCUAAGCUAUAUCCACAUUCACAGAUCAAUAAUAUAUCCAUGUUCCAGAGAGAAUCAGUGAGGUCCUAACUCAACCAAAAAGUACUGGAUGGAGCUCCAUCACUUCAGAGAAUACAGUUCUAUUGCUCCAUAGUUAGUGUGUGUGGGAGGGGGUGCUACAGCCCUCUAGUUCACUGGGGGCACUUUAAAGUGCACUCCAGUUUAAGAAGGGUUAAGCGGGUGAGGUAAUGACCUGCUCCAGAGAGUACAAAACAUGAUCAUAUUAAGCAGUUCACUCCUGCACAAACACUGUACCACUCUAAUAGUGUAACACUGUAACUCUCACACCGUAGCCUGUGUCAGUCUUGUGUCUUUUACUUUUUUUGGUCCUUUCUGCUCCUGUCCUCUGUUCUUUUGUUUUGUUUUCCUCGCCAUGUGCUCCUUCCUUCCUCCCAAAGAGCACAUAGCUCUGUUUUGUUUUUGGUUUUGUCUCCGCCUUAGCCCCGCCCUGUCAUCUGUAAUCCAUACCUGUCUAAUUUGUAACUCCGCCCCUUGUUACUUCUCCAGGGCUGUGUCUCAAUUCAUGGGCUGCAUCCUUCGAAGGACGCGGUCUACAAAGGUGUGUCCUUUGAAGGAUGGGUAGGCUGCGAUGGCAGUACUGAAAUGGGACAGUCCGUACGGAGUAUUUCCUGUUUCCUGUUUGAGAUUCUACCCGCCACAACCAAAGUCAGAGCUGAGAAAUGAGGCAGAGAUUUUGAUUCUCGUUUUGCUUCAGACCACAAAAUACCAAAUUAAUUAAGUCCAGGUUAAUUAACUGUGCAGUUACUUAAAUAUUUUAAAUGUGAACGGGUGGAACUGAACAUAAACAAAUAAAAGGGCGUUUGAAAUGAAGUUGGAAAAAAGAGAAUAAAUUAGAAUAAGGUAUUAUGUUAUAUAUAUAUAUAUAUAUAUAUAUAUAUAUAUAUAUAUAUAUAUUUAUAUAUAUAUUAUUUAAUUUAUGUAAAUAAAUAUAUAAGUAUAUACUAUUAACAUAUAACAACAUAAACAUGAUACUACAUAUAUAAAUUAAAUAAUACUUAUAUUAUAUAUAUUUAUAUAUAUAUAAGCGGUGUAAUCGGCCUUCAAAUGAGUCCUUCGAAGGAUGCAGCCCCUGAAUUGAGACACACACAGCCCAGGUGUCCCUUGUCUGUGCCUGUGCAUAAAUACAUCAUGUGUUGCUUUAUUUUCUGCCGUGCUUUUUGUUUGACCCUGUCGUGUUCUACCCUGCUUAAUAGUGUGAUUUCUUUUAGUUUGACCCUCAGACCUGCCUUAUUGUGUACGUUUCUGGUUUGGUUUCUUUCGUUAGUUCGGUUCUUUGCUUCUUUGUUUGAUAGACCUUGUUGGCCCCUUGUUUGUUAUACUGUCCUUGUUUCUUUGCCUCAGUUUUUGUUCUUAGUUUUUAUUUGUAAUGGCUUCAAAUAAAAUUAUAGACUUGCAAUUGCAUCCUGCCUCCAACGCGUUACAGUAACACUAAUGCUAUAAUAGUGUACACUGUAAUAAUGUAACCCUGUAAUAAUGUAAGAAUAUAAUACUGUAAUAAUGUAACACUAAUAUUGUAAUAAUGCAACACUGUAAUAAUUAGCUCAACUGUACACUAACACUGUAAUAUUGUAAUGUCACACUAUACUGUAAUAAAGUAAUACUGUAAGAAUGUAAGACUGUAACAGAGCUAAAACGGCUGUAUUGUUUCCCCUGCUCUUCUGUCCCAGAUUUUUCAGAAGUGAUAAAUUCAGAUUCAUCUAUUUCAUCUUAUUUUGUAAAAAGCAAAAAUUGU